AUGCUCCCAUUUCGCGUUUUGCUCCCCACCAACACGCGUCUAUCCUCCGUUGCCCUUACUGCCCCUUCCCCCUUUCAGAUUUCUUACUUCACUGUCCAUCGAACGUGUCCAAGCAAUUAUUCUAUCGCCAAGCGGCUUUUCGUAACAAUGCCGCCGAAACAGAAGCGCAAGACUGUUGCUACGGCAGAGUCCAGCGACUCUGGACGCAAGAGGACAAAGAUUGAACAGAAUGGCAGCGUACCGUCCGACCCUUUGCGCCAGCCGCACCCCUUCUACAAGGACGCCGAAGAACAUGGGAUCGUCCUUCGGAAAUACUACCCCCACGAGAUGAGCAAUGACAGAGCGCGCGCUUACAACGAUGAGGAGAUUCCCCGACCCAUUGAGGAACUUACGGCGGCGCUCGAAGAGACAUCCGGCGUGUUCAAGAGAGUCAAGGUCAAGGAUGCCGUCGUACACUGGUUCAAAAUGGACCUUAGGACAACAGAUAACCGGGCACUUUCCCUUGCCAGUGAGAAGGCCAAGGAGGCCGGGGUCCCGUUGAUCGCCAUGUACAUCAUCAGCCCACAAGAUUUCGAGGCGCAUCUCACGGCCCCAAUCCGCGUCGAUUUUAUGCUCAGGACCCUGCGUGUAUUGAGACAGGAUCUUGCGAAACUCGACAUCCCACUCUACGUCGAGACUGUCGAAAAACGAAAGACUAUCCCUGAAAGGAUCGCCGAGCUCAUGGAUCAGUGGGGUGCUAGCCAUCUGUUUGCUAAUAUGGAAUAUGAGGUGGACGAGCUCCGGCGGGAGGCAAAGAUGGUUCGCAUGUUUGCAGACCGGGGUCUCUUUUACGAGGUCUUACAUGACACAUGCGUUGUUCCGCCAGGGCAGUUGACGAGCGGAUCAGGCAAGCAAUACGCAGUGUACACUCCAUGGUACCGCUCCUGGGUUCGCCAUGUCCAUGAGAAUCUCGACCUUUUAGAACUCUACGACCCCCCGGCGAAGAACCCAGAUAGUGCGAGGGAGAAAUUUGGCAGUCUGUUCGACACGGAUAUCCCCGAGGAAGUCAAGGGCAAAGGCCUUAAUGAUGACCAGAAGAAGCGGUUUCGUGCUUUCUUCCCGCCAGGAGAGCACGAGGCGCGAAGCCGCCUGGACAAAUUCUGCGAGGAAAGAAUUGGACAGUAUCAUAACAACCGUAAUAUCCCCCAUGAGGCUGGAACCUCGUCCCUCUCUGUGCAUCUGGCCAGUGGAACUUUGAGUUCGAGGACGUGCGUCCGCUAUGCGCGAGACCGAAACAAGACAAAGAAGCUGGAUGCUGGAAUAGAAGGCAUCCGGGUAUGGAUCAGUGAGGUGGCGUGGCGAGACUUCUACAAGCACGUCCUGGUGAACUGGCCAUAUGUGUGUAUGAACAAACCAUUCAAACCAGAGUACGCAAACAUCGAGUGGUCGUACGAUAUGGACGAGUUCAAGGCUUGGUGUGAAGGCAAGACAGGUUUCCCCAUCGUCGACGCUGCGAUGCGCCAGAUGCAUGAAAUGGGCUGGAUGCAUAACCGAUGUCGCAUGAUCGUCGCAUGCUUUCUAGCAAAAGACCUGCUUAUAGAUUGGCGCAUGGGUGAGCGGUACUUCAUGGAGAACCUCGUUGAUGGAGACUUUGCUUCCAACAAUGGUGGAUGGGGUUUUUCCGCCAGUGUUGGUGUCGAUCCUCAGCCAUAUUUCCGCAUCUUUAAUCCCUUACUACAGAGCGAAAAGUUCGACCCUGACGGAGAUUACAUUCGGAAAUGGGUGCCUGAGCUGAAGGGAAUCAAGGGGAAGGCUAUACACGACCCGUAUAGUCGCGGCGCUGCCUCUCAAGCGAAGAAGGCGGGCUAUCCAGAGCAGAUCGUUGACCAUAAAACCUGCCGUGAUCGAGCAUUAUCAGCAUACAAGCGCGGCCUGAACAGGGACGACAUAUAA